AUGAGAAACUCCAGACCCAUCAUUUUGUUUCCCUUGCUUUGCUUUCUCUCCUCCACCAUCUCAAUCUUAUGUGAGCCAAACACUUUGGUUUGCAAUGAAAAAGAGAAACAUGCCCUUCUAAGAUUCAAGAAAGCUCUCUCUGAUCCUGGCAACCGGCUCUCGUCUUGGUCUGUCAAUCAAGAUUGUUGUAGAUGGGAAGCAGUUCGUUGCAACAACGUUACAGGGCGAGUGGUUGAGCUCCAUCUCGGUAAUCCAUAUGACGGGUUUGAUUUAGAAUUCUAUAGAAAGUUCAAGUUGGGUGGUGAGAUUAGCCCUGCUUUGCUUGAAUUAGAAUUUUUGAGUUACUUGAACUUGAGUUGGAAUGAUUUUGGAGGUAUUCCAAUUCCAAGUUUCCUGGGUUCCAUGGGGAGUUUGAGAUAUCUUGACCUCUCCUAUGCUGGAUUUGGUGGACUAGUUCCUCAUCAGCUUGGAAAUCUCUCGACUCUUCGUCACCUGGAUCUGGGAGAUAACAGUGGGCUGCUGUACGUUGAGAAUCUUGGUUGGAUUUCUCAUCUUGCUUUUUUGAAGUACCUAGGCAUGAAUGGGGUCGACCUUCACAGGGAAGUCCAUUGGCUUGAAUCCGUGUCUAUGCUCCCUUCUCUUUCAGAGCUGCACUUGUCCGAAUGUGAACUUGAUAGCAAUAUGACUUCAUCUCUGGGGACCAUAUCAGAAGUGCAUUUUACAGCACUCUCAAAAUUGAAGGUCUUAUGGAUAUCUGGAACAUCUUUAUCUUUCCAUGUGAACUCCUCCAUUCCAACUAGUGGAUCUGGACGCGGAUUCCUGUCUGGAAUUGUGGACACAGCUCCAAACUGGUUCUGGAAGUUUGCUUCAUACAUCGUUUGGAUCGAUCUCUCUAACAACCAGAUAUCUGGGGACUUAUCCCAAGUUGUACUAAAAAAUACCUUCAUUGAUUUGAGUUCUAAUUGCUUCUCAGGUCGGUUGCCACGUCUGUCUCCGAAUGUUCGUAUUUUGAAUAUUGCUAAAUUCAUUCUCGGGACAGAUUUCCCCUUUCAUGUCCAAAAGAUGAAUGGAAGAAGUAAAUUGGAGGUCCUUGAUGUUGGGCUUUGUGGAGCCUAG